UUUCAGCAUCAUGGCGAGACGGAGCUCCAUUUUGUAAAUGGAUUCUUCACCUAUGUCGCCUUUCUAGUGAUACUUAUUGCUGGUGUAUUUGUUCUACCGCUCUUCUUCUUGUGGGUGCCCUUCUGCGUUGAAACGUUCAAAGAUGUUGAACACUACUGCCCCUCUUGCAAAGCGUGGAUUGGAACCUACAGACGCCUGGGAAAAAGCACCUGA